AUGGCUGAGCUGCUACAUGCUGCCCAUUGUCCUCAGAACCAGCUUAUUAUGGCAGCCUUGUGGUUUUUGUCCUGCCUGGCACUUGUCAGUGCCGCACAGAGUUGCGGCGUCCCUUCGAUCCAGCCUGUCCUCACUGGCUACUCCCGCAUUGUCAAUGGGGAGGAGGCAGUGCCCGGAUCAUGGCCCUGGCAGGUCUCCCUGCAGGAGAAGAGCGGGUGGCAUUUCUGCGGUGGGUCCCUCGUCAGCGAGCGCUGGGUGGUGACUGCUGCCCACUGUGGGGUGACGACCUCCAACGUCGUGGUGCUUGGUGAACAUGACCGCAGCUCCUCUGCUGAGAAAAUACAGAAGCUGGCUGUUGAGAAGGUCUUCACCCACCCAGAGUGGGACCCCGUUGCCAUCAACAACGACAUUGCCCUCAUCAAGCUGGCCACCCCUGCUGAGAUGACCGACACUGUGUCCCCAGUGUGCCUGACAGACACUGCUGACCACUUCAAGAGCGGAGACCUUUGUGCCACCUCUGGCUGGGGCAAGACACGCUACAACGCCUUCACCACCCCCAACAAGCUGCAACAAACAGCCCUGCCCCUCCUGUCCAAUGAGGAGUGCAAGAAGUCCUGGGGCAGCAACAUCUCUGACCUGAUGAUCUGCGCUGGUGCAGCCGGAUCUUCUUCCUGCAUGGGUGAUUCUGGCGGACCCCUUGUGUGCCAGGAAGGCAAUGUCUGGAAGUUGGUGGGCAUUGUGUCUUGGGGCAGCAGCCGCUGCUCAACCACCACCCCUGCUGUGUAUGCCCGCGUCAGCCGCCUCCGUGCCUGGGCCGACGAAACCAUGGCUAAUAACUGAGCUUCCGGUGUCAUGGGAUGAGGGGGAUCAAUAAAGGCUGUUCCUCCUUUGA